UUAGACUUUGUAACCAACAGUUGAAACUUCCAAAUGGGUUACAAGCAUACCCAUUUGAAGAUUUUGGGGGAACUAGAAAAGGGGUUCAUUGCAGAUGUGAAGAAGUUUGGGCGAUUACUGCCGGAGAUUUGGACUGACGCUCAGAAGAUCCGUACAGCACUUCUUUUCCACGAGUCAGAUGUUGAAGAUGAAAGUGAGAUAGGUCAGAAGUUUCUUAUGCAUGAUCUUAUACAUGAUAUUGCUUGUCAUGUUUCAAAUGAUGAAAAAUUGCCAUCGGAUCAUAGCCUUUUAUCAAUGAGGAAACAUUGGACGAACGAUGAUAAAAUAGUUGCGAGCAAGCUACGUACGGUAAUAGAUAUGGAGAAGAAUAUUGAUAAGAUUGGAGACUUUGUGCGUUUGCGUGUUUUGACAUUUUCAUAUGAAUUUCCAAGUUGAAGCACCUAAGAUAUCUAGACAUUUCAAGUUGUGAUUUCAUAAGGGAACUUCCAAAAUCUAUUGUUGUGCUUUAUAAUCUGCAAACACUGAGGUUACCUUACUUAGUGAAUGGUCUUCUACCAAUAAAUUUUAGACAAUUAUGGUUAGUUUAAGGCAUUUGGAAUUUUCACUUGAAGAUAGUGAUGUAUCCCCCGCAUUAGAAAUGCCUUUAUAUUUGAGUGAAUUAACUCAACUUCAAACGUUGUCUGCUUUUGUAGUAGGAUUGAAGAAGGGUUGUAUGAUUACAGAACUGGGGAGUCUAAGAAAGCUGAAAGGUUUGUUGGUGAUGCUAUGUUUAGAACAUGUUGAAAGUAAAGAGGAAGCCAAGAGUGCAAAAUUGGUGGAAAAAGAGAAGGUAGAAGAACUACACUUUGUGUGGAGUACGGAAAGCCAUAGAAUAUAGUGAAGAAUGAGAAUGAUUUUGAAGUGUUGGAAGGACUUGAACAACACAAUAAUCUGAAAUAUUUGGAAAUCGAAUCCUUUUCAGGUGGGCAGUUUCCCAACCAGAUUUUUGUUGAAAAUUUAGUAAAAAUAACUCUAAUUGAAUGUGGAAACUGUGAAAAGCUUCCAAUGCUUGGGCAAUUAACCAAGUACUUAGAAAUACUUGUUAUUUUUCGAUUACGAAAAGUAGAGAGUAUAGGCAAUGAGUUCUAUGGAAACCAAAGGCGUAGUAGUAGUACUGUAUUCCCCAAGUUGAAGGAAUUUUAUGUUGAUGAGAUGGACAGCCUAGUUGAAUGGGAAGAAGCUGUGUCAAAUUAUAAUGUUAAAGCUUUUCCACGACUUGAAUGUUUGCAUAUUAUUUCAUGCAAGAAAUUAUUGAAAAUUCCAGAUGUUUUUGGUUAUUGUGAUGAGGAUGAUGGGGAGAAGCAUCUUAAAUUUGUGGAGUUUCGUUUCUGUGACCAACUAAAGGAACUUACAAAUGGGAUACAAUCAUGCCAUUCCAUUCAACAUUUCGUCUUAGACAAAGGUUCAAAUUUGUGGUCUUUUGUUACUACAACUACAAGAGGAGGCCCCUUGGCUCAUUUGCUAUUCCAACGUCCGAUCAUUUUUUUUGAAAGAAGACACGGGUCCUUCAUGAACAAAAGAAUUAGAUAACUGCAACAAAUGCAGAAAAUGCGAGCUUACGACGAAGCUAGUCAUAGAGCACAUAUGUUGAUCAUAUCAACAAGACUGGAAUAACAUAUAACAGUAUUACUGUUUUUCAUGGUUUUGCAUAUUCUGCUCUUUAAUUUGGAUAACUUUAUUUAUAAUUUUACUAAGAUUUGUUUAAAAAGAUUUCACAAAAUCACUCAGAAUAAUAUAUUAAUCCAUUAGCCUGUCUAUAUAAGGAAAGAGGUUGUUUGAUGGGUCUAAAUCUAAAACCAGGAGUUGCUCACUAGAGAAACCAGAAGAUUGAGAGUCUCUCCUAUUAUAGGGUCUUUCUCAAGCACAAGGGGAUAGUUUGAGAGUCUCUCAAGGAAGAGAAGCAGGAAGAUUCUCUAUCUAAUCUAUCCAAAGACUAGAUGAAGAAGUAUAAUUUAUUUAAGUUAUGCUAAGAUUUUUAUGAAAUAUAUGUUUAAAUUCGAAGCA